AUGUUCUAUUUGCGCCGCGCGUCAGGGAUGUUGAGAUGGCUUCCCACGGAGCCGGGUGCAGACCGUAUGUUGGGCACAGAGCACAUCAUGCUGGGAUUCCUGAGCAAUGGCAGCCAUGCUGCUGGGAAGCUUCUGCUAGCAUUCGACGGCGAAGGAUUCGAUCGAACGGUUACGAAGUUUGACUCCGGGGCCGGUGGUGCUGCGUCCAACCCCCGCCGAGCAGCACUGCGGAAGGCUCUGAUGGAGAUCGUUAACGAGGGCCGUGGUGAUGCUAGCGCGACAGAGCCAGCCCUCACCGAACGUGGGCAAUCGUCGCCAUCGUCACCUGCCUCCGGGGCAGACGGCCGGCCCAUCGACCGCUUCGCACCCGACCUCACAGCUUUGGCCAAGGAGGGUCGGCUGGACCCCUUCACGGGCCGAGAGGCGCUGCUGAGCCGUGUAGAGCGAGCCCUUGGCCGGCGGAUGAAGAGGAAUGUGCUCCUUGUGGGCGACCCGGGUGUUGGGAAGACUGCCGUGGUAGAAGCUUUGGCGCAGCGAAUUGCAGCGGGCCGUGCCCCUACCUGGCUGGCUGGCAAGAGGCUCAGGAGCCUGGAUGUGGCACUGCUCACCGCGGGCACUCGCCUGCGGGGCGACUUCGAGGAGCGACUGCGCUUCCUCCUCGAGGACGUGGACCAAGAAGGCAGUGUCUUGUUUAUCGACGAGGCCCACACGCUGAUCGGAGCCGGUGCCACAGGUUCCAGCCCGCAGAACGCGGCCGACAUCCUGAAACCUGUGCUGGCGCGUGGGCAGCUGCAGUGCAUCGCCGCCACAACCAUGGAGGAGUAUUUCCAGUACUUCUCCCGCGAUGCUGCCCUGGAGAGGCGCUUUGAAUUGGUGGAGGUGGAGGAGCCCACUGCGCAAGAGACGGUGGUGGUCUUGGAGGGUCUCCGGAAUCACUACGAGCGUUACCAUGGGGUUCGGUUCCAAGAUGCUGCCCUCGCCUCCGCAGCACUCUGGUCGGAGCGCUACCUCCCUGAGCGCAAGCUGCCGGACAAGGCGAUUGAUGUGAUGGACCGCAGCGCCGUCCUGGCGAAGGGCAGAGGAGGUGGAGGUGGUACAGACAAGGUGUUCGUCGAGACAGAGGACGUCGCAGCUGCCCUCGAAGAGUCUGUGGGCAUGAGCCCGGGGUCUGUGUCCGAAGUGGAAGCGCGGAGCAUCCUCGACCUGGAGGAGGCUCUGCGAGCCCGUGUGCGUGGCCAGGAGGCUGCUGUACGUCUCGUCGCUGCAGCGGUGGCUCGGGCCCGGGUGCAGCUGCAGGAGCUUCACCGUCCGAUCGGAUCGUUGCUGCUGUACGGGCCUCCAGGUGUGGGCAAGACGUCGCUAGCAGCAGCCCUCGCGGAGGUCUCCCUCGGCUCACGCAGUGCUAUGGUGAGGAUCGACUGUGCCAGUGCCUCCAGCGCUGAGGGCGCAGGAGCCGCUUUGGUCAAGGGCGUCCGCAGGCGACCCCACUCCGUGGUCUUGAUCGAUGAGGCGGACAAAGCACAGCCCGAGUUCCUCGGGUUGCUCCUGGAAGUACUGGAGGAAGCCUCUCUGACGUUGCCCGGUGUGGAGGGUGUUGGUCGAGCAGAUUUUCGACAUACCGUCAUCAUCCUCACAUCAAAUGACCCGGCGGGGCCCUCCUCGCUGCCACGGGCCCUGGCCGAUCGCCUCGAUGGCUGGGCUUGCAUGAGGUCGCUCACUUCGGAGACGCUCCGGGAGGUCUUCGAUGGCUUGGUGGAAGACUUUCAGGGCCGACUGCAGCGUAGCUACCCCAUGGCGUACAUCGAGCCCAGCGAUCGCUGGCGUGAAGAAGUCCUGGCGAAAAUCGGAGAGGAGGAUCCCGCCGGUAGCUUCGGCGCUCGCUCGCUUCGCCGGGUGCUGCGGCGUUCGCUGGAAGAUCCUGUCGCCUAUGCCAUCCUGAACUACAAGGCUCACGAAGCCAAACCUUUCCGAAGAGUUGUGGUGGAUUCGAGUACCUCUGGCGAAACCGUAGUGUCAGUCAGCGCUGAUUGA